UUGUGAAUUUAUUCAGUUCUCUAUUGGCCGGUUUGAGAAGGACUGCCAUAGUAGAGAUAUUCUUUUUGAAAAAGUCUAAUUAACCCUGAGCGCCUGCGUGGAAUUAAAUUUUAAGUUGACAAAAUCCUGAAGUUUUUUAUCAACUCAACAAUGUCGUACUGCGCCCGUAUUUUACGCGCACAGCGACUCAGUGGAAUUGCUGCGGACAUCCAGCAAAGAUGUUUCAGCAUGAGUCCUUUGAGUUUUGCCGCUGCCAAGGUAGCUAUGUCAAAAUUCGAUCGGAGUACGUACCUUCCAUACGACAAGCUCGACGAGAACCUGAGGAUCGUCAAGAAAAGGCUGGGACGACCUCUCACGCUGUCGGAAAAAGUGCUGUACUCUCAUCUUGAUGAACCUGAAAAGCAGGACAUCGUGAGAGGAACGAGCUACUUGAGGUUGAGGCCAGAUCGUGUGGCUAUGCAGGAUGCCACCGCACAAAUGGCUAUGCUGCAGUUUAUCAGCUCAGGACUGCCAAAAGUGGCCGUACCAUCAACAAUUCACUGUGACCACUUGAUCGAGGCUCAAGUGGGCGGUGACAAGGAUCUGGCGCGUGCAAAAGAUACCAACAAGGAAGUCUAUAAUUUUUUACAAACAGCUGGAGCUAAAUACGGCGUGGGUUUCUGGAACCCAGGCUCUGGUAUUAUUCACCAGAUAAUUCUAGAGAACUACGCGUUCCCAGGUCUGCUGAUGAUCGGCACAGACUCUCACACACCAAACGGUGGAGGCCUUGGAGGUCUCUGUAUCGGAGUUGGAGGUGCAGAUGCAGUGGAUGUGAUGGCGAGCAUCCCCUGGGAGUUGAAAUGCCCAAAGGUGAUUGGUGUGAAAUUGACAGGAGAGCUGAAGGGCUGGACGAGUCCCAAGGACGUGAUUCUGAAGGUGGCAGGUAUCCUGACGGUGAAGGGAGGAACUGGAGCGAUCGUCGAGUACUUCGGACCCGGUGUCGACUCCAUAAGCUGCACAGGAAUGGCCACAAUCUGCAAUAUGGGCGCGGAAAUUGGUGCCACAACGUCAGUAUUCCCCUACAAUUACAGAAUGCAGGACUACCUGAAGGCAACAGAGCGUGCAGACAUUGCAGCAGCUGCUGACAUGUUCAAGACUAGUCUCCUGAGUGCUGACCCCAAUGCGAAGUACGAUCAGGUAAUUGAACUGGAUCUCUCGACCCUGGAGCCUCACGUCAAUGGUCCAUUUACUCCAGACUUGGCUAAUCCCAUCACCAAAUUGGGUGCCAUCGCCAAGCAGAAUGGCUGGCCUAAUGAGAUCAAGGUUGGACUCAUCGGCUCUUGUACCAACAGCUCCUACGAGGAUAUGGCCAGGUGUGCCAAUAUCGCCAAACAGGCACUCAAGCACGGAAUCAAGUCCAAGUCAACGUUCAAUGUCACUCCUGGAUCAGAGCAGAUCAGGGCGACCAUUGAGAGGGAUGGAAUUGCUCAGACACUUCGUGAAUUUGGUGGAACUGUCCUGGCUAAUGCCUGUGGUCCCUGCAUUGGACAGUGGGAUAGGCAAGAUAUCAAGAAAGGUGAUAAGAACACCAUUGUCACUUCGUACAAUCGAAAUUUCACCGGGAGAAAUGACGCCAAUCCUGCCACUCAUGCCUUCGUCACGAGUCCUGAACUUGUUGUUGCAUUAUCUAUUGCUGGAAGACUCGACUUUAAUCCACUGAGUGAUAAGCUUAAGGGAAAGGAUGGAAAGGAAUUCUUGUUGGAUAAUCCUUAUGGCGAUGAGUUGCCCUCUCGAGGCUUCGAUCCUGGUGAGGAGACGUACAAUGCUCCACCAGCUGAUGGUAGCAAAGUCAAGGUUGAUGUCGAUCCCAAAUCCCAGAGACUUCAGCUCCUCGAGCCUUUUGACAAGUGGGAUGGCAAGGAUCUCACUGAUUUAACAGUUCUUAUCAAGGUCAAGGGAAAAUGCACCACUGAUCAUAUCUCGGCAGCUGGGCCAUGGCUCAAGUAUCGAGGACAUCUUGAUAAUAUCUCCAACAAUAUGUUCAUUGGUGCUGUGAACGCUGAGAACAACGAGGUAAACAAAAUAAAGAACCAGCUGAAUAGCGAAUGGGCUGGAGUGCCAGACGUGGCUCGUCACUACAAGAAGAACGGAGUGAGAUGGUGCGCAGUGGGUGAUGAGAAUUACGGUGAGGGUUCAUCUCGGGAGCACGCAGCCCUGGAGCCCCGUCAUCUGGGAGGACGUGCCAUAAUUGUCAAAAGUUUUGCUCGUAUCCACGAGACAAAUCUCAAGAAACAGGGAAUGCUGCCACUCACGUUUGCAAAUGCCAGUGAUUACGACAAGGUUCAGCCAACAGAUAAGAUCAGUCUCCUGGGACUGAAGGAUCUUGCACCAGGAAAGCCUGUGAAAGCAGAGAUCAAACACGCAGAUGGAAAAGUAGACGCAAUUACCCUGAAUCAUACCCUUAACGAGCAGCAGAUAGGGUGGUUCAAAGCUGGAUCAGCCCUGAAUCGUAUGAAGGAGAUAGCGAGUGGUCGUUAGAACUGAGAGAUAUAUUUCAUAAAAGAAUACUGAUGAAAGCCAAACAAACACGCUGUCAACUCCGCGUAGGUUCAUAUUUAGAUUACAAGCGAAUUAUAAAUAAAAAUUCAUGAAAGGUAUGCUCGAAGAGUCUCAUGGGUUGCUGAGUAGUCCCCACGAGUUAUCGUAAGCAAUUCGAUUGACGAAGGUACGUAGUAAAUUGUUAAAUGGAGUUAUUGCAGAAUUCAUGUAAUCACAAUUUUUAUUUAAUAUUCAUUUAAACAUUGUGUCUGAUAUUCUGCAAUGAAAAAUACGAAACAAUGAUGAGUCGUUUUGAGAGUGAAAAUAUAAUGAUUUAGUGUUGGGACAAUAACAGAAUUGCCUUCGGGUCUCAUCAAUCCUACGAUUCUCAUAGAUGAAAAAUGGAAAAUUGUGUUGAUCUGAUGUCAUGAGAGUUGGUGGUAUCGACGCGUUCCAUCAUCAGCCUCGUCGUCGGUUCCCCUGGUUCCUCAACUUCAGAGAAAUAUAAAUGACGAUUAUUAAAUUUUAUUAUGCGAUCGUGUGAUAGACGCUCGUUUUGUAACUAAAUUGUAUACGUGAAGAUCGUUGUGGGAUCGAAGUGUUGAAUGAACUUGUACAUUAUACAUAAUCAUUUAGCAAUACGUUUAAAUUCCAGUUUGAGGAAAAUAAAGAGAAUAAAAAACAAGCCUGGAGAA